CGUUGGUAGCAAUGCUCUAACCUUUACGAUACAAAGUACACUAGAUUACUUCAAGUCCGCUUCGGAUCCACGACUGGCUGCUACUCGCAGGCCAAUCAACAAAAACUAUGAGUUGUGGUUCCAGGACGUCGCGCAGGCUGCAGCCGCUGGCAAGGUGUAUCCGUACAUCUUCACCAACCAGUGGGCAGGGCAGUUGCAGAUGAUGAUACAAGUCACGACUCAAAUGCAGAAAUCAGAGGUGGCAGAGUUCAAACUGGAAGAUGUCAUGAUGCAUGAUGACAGCGUCACAUACAAAGACGCAUCUGGCAAAGACCAUGUCAUCAACGAGAAGAUGAUGACUGUGCUCAUGAAACACCCGCAGGGAAACAUCCUUGCCCUCCAAAUUUUGAAGACGGGCAUGGACAUUGGAGACCGCAUCCUCAUUGACAGCUAUCCUCUUGCUCGGCUUGCUUUCCUCGCAAUCGAGGCAAAGUACAAGCAUGAUGCCUCACGUGAGCUCAUCAGGCUCCGACUCGAGUUGAGCAACCUCAAAUGCUCCUCGGACAGUGCAUCCACCGUUGACACUUUUCUUAACAAGCUUUCUGGCGUCUAUGACCAGAUGAAGCUCAUCGAGUAUGCCAACAACCCGACAAUGAAGGGCACAGCUCUGCACUUCGCAGACACGAUUGCCAAAAUCCGAUUCUAUCUAUCUUCUGCCUGCACCGCCUUCCGCGUACAUCACCCUUAUUCGAUAUAGUCACGUCAAUGUCUUUUCCGAACAGCAUGAUAGCAAUGACUCAUGAAGACAGACUUGCGUAGACGGUAGGUAAAGUGUGCCCCAGUGAGUACACAUCUCGAUCAAGGCGUGCAAGUUGAUACAAACUGCGAGGUUCAUUCCGGCCAACUUGAAGGAGCAUGGCAACGAAACAAGUCAACCAGGAUCAUCUCGUGGCUCGCCAAUACCUUACGGCCAAUAUUUUGAGCCUGAGGCUUGCAAGUUGAUACAAAGUCAGGAAGUAUUACCUGCUCUGGCGAACGAUUGACCAAAGGCAUGUCAGCCAUGCCGCAUUGCCCUUGCUCCAGGUACAACCUCUUUUUUAUGGUUGUGAUGGCUCCAGAAUCUGUAAGGACACGUUUAGAGAUGUCAUAGU